AUGGCUUCCAAGGGCGCUGUUCUGCCACUGCUGCGCCGCGAAUUGCGCCCGGUUUCCGUGCGGCUUCCCGGUGUCAACUCAUCAUUGUCGACCGUCGCAAACCCUGCUCGUGCAGGUCCGGCCAGCGCACUCUCGGUCGCUGGACGCCGGGUUACCCGUCGCGCAGCCUACCUCCGCAUAACACAUGCACAGAAUCAGGUCCGACCUUUUUCACGGUCUUCCGCAAGGACAUUUACGACUGAAGAUGGGAGCUUCGAUCCUCGUACGCUAGAUCGGGAAUCCGACGAAGUCGAUGUCUGUAUUGUAGGUGGCGGCCCCGCCGGUCUUGCAGCGGCCAUCCGACUGAAGCAGCUCGCCAAUGAGGCGGGCAACGAGGAAUUUCGCGUCAUUGUAUUGGAAAAGGCAGGAGAACUGGGAGACCACAUUGUCUCGGGCAAUGUACUGCAGCCGACUGCACUGAACGAGCUUUUACCGGACUGGUUGUCCGAAGACAACCCCUCUCGAUUUGAACAUGCGACCCCGGCCAAAGUUGACAGAAUGCGCUUCCUCACCCGAAAUUCAUCAUUCCCUCUACCGGCACCACCCCAAAUGCACAAUCAUGGAAAUUAUAUUGUCAGCUUGAGUCAAUUGGUCAAGUGGCUGGGUGAACGUGCCGAAGAGCUUGGCGUCGAGGUCUACCCUGGCUUUGCCGCUAGUGAGGUGCUCUACAAGAACGAUGGCUCUGUGCUUGGUAUUGCGACGAACGAUCUGGGGUUGGAUCGAAAUGGCCAGCCUAAGGAGACCUUCGAACGGGGAAUGGAAUUCCAUGCUCGCGUCACCCUGCUGGCAGAGGGAUGCCACGGAAGCUUGACCAAACAAGUCGUCAAGAAGUACGAUCUCAGAAGAGACAGCCAACCUCAGACGUACGGACUGGGUAUCAAGGAGGUCUGGGAGGUUCAGCCGGAGAAGUUCAGACCGGGAGAGAUCACCCAUUCCCUCGGUUAUCCUUUGCCAAGAAACACAUACGGCGGUGGCUGGAUGUACCAUUUUGGCGAUAAUAUGGUCAGCAUAGGGUUGGUCGUUGGUCUAGACUACCCCAACCCGUGGCUAUCGCCGUACCAGGAAUUUCAGAAGAUGAAGCACCAUCCUAUCUAUAAAGAAGUCCUUGAAGGCGGGAAAUGCAUCUCGUACGCCGCCAGGGCGCUAAAUGAGGGCGGCUUUCAAUCCAUUCCGAAGUGUGCUUUCCCUGGAGGUGCUCUCAUUGGCGACUCGGCUGGGUUCUUGAACGUGCCAAAGAUCAAAGGUACUCAUACAGCCAUGAAGUCCGGAAUUCUCGCGGCAGAAUCGGCAUUCGCAGCAUUGCGGGGCGACGACAAGGGAUCGGUUUUCUUGUACAGCUAUGAAGAGGCCCUUAGGAAGUCCUCGAUCUGGAAGGAACUGCGCGAGGUGCGCAACAUGCGACCCUCGUUCAACAGCCCUCUCGGCCUCUGGGGUGGCCUUGCCUACUCAGGAUUGGCAGCCUUCGUCCUCCGCGGGCGGGAGCCGUGGACCUUCAGACACGGCCACACAGACCCUGGGGCUACCAAAACGGCCGCAGAGUGUCAGAAGAUUGAGUACCCUAAGCCAGAUGGCAAGAUCAGCUUUGAUAUAAUGACGAGCGUGAUGCGAACUGGUACCAACCAUGAGGAAGACGAGCCCGUACAUCUUCAAGUGGCGGACUGGGACAAGCACACCGAUGCUGCCUGGCCCAAAUACAAGGGCAUCGAAAAUCGAUUCUGUCCCGCAGGUGUGUAUGAGUAUGUUGAGGAUCCUUCCAAGAAGCAUGGUGUCCGUUUCCAGAUCAAUUCUCAAAACUGUAUUCACUGCAAGACUUGUGAUAUUAAGGUCCCUACCCAAGACAUCAAUUGGCAAACUCCUCAAGGUGGAGAGGGGCCCAAAUAUUUCUUGACUUAA